GCCUCCGUCAAACGCCGCUAGAACCCAGCGACUUCCUCUACCGGCUGCUUGGCACCACCAGUAUUAACUAACGCGACGCCGUCGUCAUGGCUAAUCAAACCGGCGGAGCUUCAAGUACCGGCAGUCGUGAUAUCAGAGGAGUUCUCAUACACGGUGGGCAGUACGUCCGUUACAAUGUUUACGGCAGCUUAUUUGAAGUUUCCAGCAAAUACGUUCCUCCAAUUCGUCCAAUCGGACGCGGCGCUUACGGCCUUGUGUGUGCUGCUGUAAAUUCUGAGACGCGUGAGGAAGUUGCGAUUAAGAAAAUAGGAAAUGCAUUUGAUAACAGAAUUGAUGCGAAGAGGACAUUGAGAGAAAUUAAGCUACUUCGGCACUUGGACCACGAAAACAUUGUCGCAAUCAAAGACCUCAUAAGGCCACCAAAGAAAGAAGCUUUUAAUGAUGUGUACAUAGUUUCUGAAUUAAUGGAUACAGAUCUUCAUCAGAUUAUUCGAUCUGAGCAGCCUUUGACAAAUGAUCACUGCCAGUACUUCAUGUAUCAGCUAUUACGUGGACUGAAAUAUGUACACUCAGCAAAUGUCUUACAUCGUGAUCUUAAGCCAAGCAAUUUGUUCCUAAAUGCAAAUUGCGACCUCAAGAUUGGAGACUUUGGGUUGGCAAGGACAACUUCUGAGACAGAUUUCAUGACUGAGUAUGUUGUUACUCGCUGGUAUCGAGCACCUGAAUUGCUCCUUAACUGUUCAGAAUACACUGGAGCAAUUGAUGUUUGGUCUGUUGGUUGUAUUCUUGGUGAAAUAAUGACAAGAGAACCUUUGUUUCCUGGAAAAGAUUAUGUGCAGCAGCUGAGACUCAUUACUGAGCUACUAGGUUCACCUGAUGAUGCCAGCCUUCAAUUUCUGAGAAGUGAUAAUGCCCGAAGAUAUGUCCGACAGCUUCCUCAAUAUCCUAAGCAACAAUUUUCUGCAAGAUUUCCCAGCAUGUCUCCUUUGGCUGUCGAUUUGCUUGAAAAGAUGCUUGUUUUUGACCCAACCCGUCGGAUUACAGUUGAUGAGGCUCUUUGUCACCCAUUUUUGUCAUCUCUUCAUGACCUCAAUGAUGAGCCGAUUUGCCCCAGGCCAUUCAGUUUGGAUUUCGACGAGCCCUCAAUCACUGAAGAAAAGAUCAAGGAACUGAUUUGGAGGGAGUCCGUGAAGUUUUACCCGGACUUUGUUGAACAAAAUAUAUGAUGGAUUGUCCUGUUUUGUAUCAUAUGUAGGACAUAUUUUUCUUCCUUUAAUACAUUGUGUAAGUUAUGUUUCACUGGAGGAGAGAGCUGAAUUAAACCAAUAUCUUGGUUUAGGAGAUAAAACAAUUCCUCCUAGUGAUAUGAGAUGUAAAACAUGCUUAUUUUCAUCUAUUAAAUUGUUUAAUGACUAUUCAGUCUUACCACAUUGUGGACUAGGAAUUCUUGUAAAACACUGAAAUAGCUUUGUUACGGUUCAACACGCAUUCACCAACAAACUUUUUUCUUUA